CCAAUGCGCCGUCGUAGCUGAGACAUCGUGAUGGAGUUGUGAGCGGAGACUUCCCCAGUCGGAGCGGCGGUGGCGUUAGCGGCUGUUACACCUGAAACUUGACCUCCCCUGCGGUUCCGUUUAUUUCUGUGCCUCUAAAUACUCAUUGCUCCCCCCAUGAAGACACGGACCUGGGGGUGGACUGGACUGGACUCACUGAGUUUGGAGAAAACUGAACUUUAGGUGUGUGACAUUUUGUUUCUUCCUGCCUGUUUCUUGUCAUGUAGCCCAUCUCUCACCCCGUGCUUCCUCUCCCUGUCUCUCUCUCUUAUGUCUCUCUUCUGUUAUGUUAAGGAGCGGGCCUGCUUUCUGUCCCUUCACUCUCCUCCUUGGGUUUCAAUUCCAAACAUGGUUAUCCUUUUAGGGGCCUGUCGGCGUCCCCUCCCUUAUCCCUUCUUCUCCAUCUGUUGGCCCCUCAGUGUGGGCCGGUGGCACUGAGCAACAGGCGGGGAAGAGAAGACGAGGGCAGAGGACAGAGGAAGGGGACUCGCGAUGAGAGGAGGAGGAGGAGAAGGACAGACCCAUUCCAGCUGUGUUUCUGGAGCAAACAGAGCCGUGAGAACUUCUUCACAUUGAAGAAUUUUUCCACUGCACGGCACGGGAACAAACUUUUUUUUAUAUAAAUAUAUUUAUACUCGGAAUCAGCUGUUUAUUUGUACCCAAACACUGCAGCUUGUAGCUCUCCAGACUCUGAGCGUCUAGGAAGUUAUUUCAGUCACCGUUCCGUCAUUUGUUUUGAGCGUCCAACCGAACGAAACUGCAAACAUGAGCGCGGACAACUCGACCCUGUGGGACGCCUUGUUCUCUCCGCCGGUGUGCGGCGGCUGGAGCAACAACACCGAGGGGGCCAUCUACCAUCUGGGCAACACCAUUAUGUUUCUGGGCUACAUGGGAGGCAGCGGGGCCUUCGGCGCCCUCUUCAUCUUCGGCUUCCUGUCGCCCGCCUUCCUGUUUCUCACCCUGUGGGGCUGGCUGACCAUGUGCGGCCCGGACGUCUUCUCCUGGAACCUGCUGCUGCUGGCGGCCGCCCUGCUGCAGAUCUGCCACCUCCUCUACCGGCUCCAGCAGGAGGGCCUCCGUGGCGAGGAGCUGACCUCCCUCUACCAUGCCGUCUACCUGCCGCUGGGCGUGCCCGUCCAGGUGUUCAACGAAGUCGCCAAGGCGUUCGAAAACAAGGCAGUGGAGUUGAAGGCCGGGGAGACGUACGCCCUGGAGGGCAAGACCUACAUCGACCAGCUCUCCUUUCUGCUGUCUGGGAGGAUCAAUGUGUCUUUGGAGGGUCAGUUCCUGCAUUACAUUCACCCGCACCAGUUCCUUGACUCCCCUGAGUGGGAGUCUCUCAGACCAAAUGAAGAAGGAAAGUUCCAGGUGACGCUGACGGCAGAAGAAGACUCCCGCUACAUCUCGUGGAGUCGCCGCCGUCUCUACACGCUGAUAUCGAAGGACUGCUACAUUGCCGACCUCUUCUCCGUCAUGCUCGGCUACGACAUUUCCGAAAAGCUCUACAACCUCAACAACAAGCUCUACAUAAAGAGCGGCGUGCUACUGGACAUCCGCCUGCCGAGCCUCUACCACGUCCUGGCGCCCUCCUCGCAGGGCAGCGACGGCGGCAGUGGCAGCGACGGCAAAGAGCAACACAGCCAAGACCUAGAUCCAGCCUACCAGUCGUCCCACCCCGGACCGUCUCAGGCCCUCCAAGCUGACCAACAGGGACCAAGGACAAGCAAUGUGUCCACUGAGGACAGUCCCUAUCACCGCCCCUGGGCCACAGACCUGGAGAUGCCAUCUGGAGGUGACGGUGAUGGGAAUUUACCUCCUCGGUUCCAGAGACGCAGAGCUCCGCUGGCUCCCACCGACACGCCGAAGCUGUGAAGCCAGCUUCUUCUUCUUCUUCUUCUUCUUCUUCUUCUUCUUCUUCUUCUGUCUUCAAUGCAGCAGACCGAAGCAGACUCUUGCUCGCACCGUCUUCAGCCCCAAACAUGUGGAACAUUUAGUCCUUUUUUACUUUUUCCUGCAUCGUUUUGCUGAAUGAUGCUGCCAGUACUGAUGACACACACGUUCCCUUCACCCUAACCACGCCACAACUGUUUCUCGUGUCACAUUUUAAAGGAAAGUUUAACUAAUUGAUGCACUACUUAGGUCAUUUUAUUUUCAAAUUAUGCUAGCAAACUAUUUCUUUAUUGGUAUACAAGAAUUUUUAAGUGCAUUUGGGUUUAAUGAAAACCAUAUAUUUACACACACUGGAUAAAAAAAUUUGUUUCUUCA